UUUCUUUCUAACGGAAAACAUUUUUAUGCUUUUUUUUCUUUAAGUUUUAUUUUUAAGUUUUUUUUUUUUUAAUAUGUCUCAACAAAAAAAUUCUAGUUGGAAUAGUUUUUUUCACAGAGAUCAAUCUCAUGAUACGACUAAUAAUAAUGCACCUAUGGAAGAACCAACGAGAUUGUCAUAUUUCCCUCACAAACAGGAAGGAGGUUAUGGUGACAUAGAAAAACAUACUAGUAGUAAUCCGGGAGACCCUUCUUUCUGGAAAACUCCGGGAAGUGAACAAGUAAACGUUACACCAAGCGCUCCACCUCCUCCAGAAUCACUCUAUGAAUCUAAUACUGAAAGAGAGGAAACGGAAAGUGAUGAAGAAUAUGCAAGAAGAAUACUUAGAGAAGAACAAGAAAAUUAUAUGAGAUACAGUCAAGGUAAUAUCGGACAACCUGGUAGUAAUGUUAGAGGGUCGUAUCCAUAUCCACCAGGUGAAGAGGGAAAUUAUUAUGACGGUGGAAAUCCUGUACAAGCGGGAGUACAAGGACCACCACCGACAUUAUAUGAUCCUAAACUACCAAAAGCAUAUAUGGAUCCCAACGUACAACGGCAAUUACAGAAGAAAAGAUUAUGGAGACCAUAUUUUACUUAUCUUGUCACAUUAAUACAAUUAGUUUUAUUAAUUUAUGAAUUCGUAUAUAAUCAAAAAGAAACUGGUAGUUUAAUUCAAACUAAACCAUCCGUUAAUCUAUUGAUUGGACCAUACGCUUCACCUACUCUUAUUAGAUUAGGAGCAAGAUUUGUACCAUGUAUGAAACCCCUUCAAUCAAUUCCCGAUGGUGCAGUUUUUCCUUGUAUUGAUCAAUCAUUACCUGAUAUAACCCAAGGUAAAUGUACUUUAGAAUCUCUCUGCGGUCUCGGAGGAUUUAAUAAUGGUAAACCAAAUCAAUGGUUUAGAUUUAUUACACCAAUAUUUUUACAUGGAGGUGUGGUACAUUUUUUAGUUAAUAUGAUAUUUCAACUACAAACUGGUAGACAAGUUGAAAGUGAUAUGGGUUGGUGGCGUUAUAGUAUAAUUUAUAUGGGUAGUGGUAUAUUUGGUUUUAUAUUCGGUGCUAAUUUUUCUAGUGUUACUAUACCAUCAUUGGGUGCUAGUGGUUCAUUAUUUGGUAUAAUUGGUGUUUUAUUAAUAGACUUACUACAAAAUUGGAAAUUGGUUGUUAGUCCAUGUUGGGAAUUAACUAAAUUAUUAUUAGUUAUAAUCUUCUCAUUUUUACUUGGAUUAAUACCAAUUAUUGAUAACUUUUCACAUAUUGGCGGUUUUAUUAUGGGUAUAUUAUUGGGUUUAGUAUUAAUGCCUACCAUAACUUUUUCCAAAGUUCAUAAAAGAUUUAAUUGGGUAUUAAGAAUUAUAGCUUUACCAAUAGCUGCUUUAUUGUUCUACUUUUUAAUUACAAAUUUCUAUAAUAAUGAUGACCCCGCUCAAUCUUGUCCUUGGUGUAAGUAUUUAAAUUGCGCUCCUAUUGCUGGUUGGUGUGAUAUUAAUGGUAUACAAAAUGCAACUACUACAAGCAAUCCCAAUAAUCCUUAAAAGACGAGUUAAUAAUAUUAAAAGAACGAAAUAGAUUCUUUUUUGAAAAAUUUUAAAAAUUAUUUUGAGAAUUAGAAUAUUAUCAUUAGAAUAUUUUUUUGUGUCAUUUUAAAACAAAUAGGGAACUUUUUUAUUUUUAUUAUCAAAUAUUUAGUAAUUAUAAUAUGUUCUUAGCUUUUUUUUUUUUUGAUUGAUGAUUGAUUGAAAGAAAUGUUUUAAACC